GUGUUUAGCUCAUUGUAUCCCACUCGUUUGCCAUACGCCGUUUGGUCAUGGGUCUUAGUUUGAAAAUGUCCAAUGAUGACCAUAUUCUACAUCAGACAGUUCGACAGCUAAAGACCAUGGGGCUAUCCUAUAGCUUUCACACACGCUUAUCUGCAUUCCUUGAUAUACUUGCCGCUUCGUUGGUACUGUUGUCAUAUUGGACGGGGGUUGGCGGGAUAUUGGCGAGACUAUGAGGGUACUAUCGCGUCAUGUUCAAUCCACACUGGCGAAGAUUGUGAGAUAGAAUGGUCGAUAAAUUCGUUCCCCCAUUCCAUACUGAGUAAACUAUAAUGGAGACUAUUUUUG